AUGAACUCGGUACGCCCGGCCCGGAGCGUCCUGUCGAGAUGUCUCUCCGUCUCGAGCACGCCGGCCCUGCCCUGCCGUCUAUUCCACAGCUCCGUUAGCCGAUCGGGACGGAGGCGGUCACGAUUCAACAAUGUCACCGCCGAGAAGAUGGGCCUGACGACCCCCGAUGCGAUCGAUUCCUAUGCGAAGCGCCAGUUUCCCGAAUACACAGAGGAGGAGAAGGCGGCCCUGAAGCAAAAGUACACCCCGAGCACCGCCAUUGACCCGAAGGACCUGGUGAUUCAGGGUCGGUUACGGACGGACCCCUAUAAGCAGCCCUACAUCGAGGAUUUUGCGACAAUCCAGCCCGUCAUCGACGCGAAACCCCAGAAGACUCUGAAGCCCGAGGAAGUGAAGUGGCUCCCGAGGAGAGAGUGGGUUGACAACUACAUCGAGAAGAUGGCGGACCGGGUCGAUUCUCAGUUGAAGGACACCAUGGGCCAGGCUUUUGCCAGGGCGCUGCGCAAGGUCAAGCAGACGAACCCGGACAAGCUCGACUUCACGGAGGAGGAGCUGAAGGAGCUCGAGAAGAACCCUGAGCUGCGCAGAAAGUUCCUGGUCGACCAAGACCCCGACGUCCUCGGAGGCAAGAAGCCGCGGGUGCCCAAACAGUCGGAGAUUGCAGGCGACGACUGGAUGCAGUUGAUCGACAAGCACUUCUUCGAGGAACUCGAGCAGUCCCUCUCCACCGACCAGAACCCCCUUCGCCCCUCCCGCCUGGACUCGUGGAAGGCUAUUGAGGGCGAGCACGGCAACUCGGCGCUGUCCCCCGAGCUCGGCAAGGUCGAGGGUGUCAAGGGCCUCUACAAGCCCCCCGAUGACCCCGAGGACGAUGGUCUUGACCCCACGGGUCGUUACUCGAAGCUCAAGCAGGCCACUGGCAUGAAGAUGACCGACAUCCUCUCCAUCCUUACCAAGAGAAUCGUCCUUCGUAACGUCUCCAACCAGACCCGUUUGGGCAAGAUCCGCAGUGCCUCCGUCAUUGUGGUGGCCGGCAACGGCAACGGCAGACUGGGACUGGGAGAGGCCAAGUCAACGGACCCCGGUAUUGCCACGGCGACGGCCACGCUUCUUGCCAUCCGCAACAUGAAGCCCAUCCGCCGGUACGAGAACCGCACCAUCUAUGGCAACGUCGAGGCCAAGAUCUCGGGAACCGUUGUGAAGCUCGGCGCCCGCCCCCCAGGUUUUGGACUCCGCGUCUCCCAUAGGAUAUUCGAAAUGGCCCGCCUCGCCGGAAUCCACGACCUGGCUGCCAAGAUCCCCCGCUCCAACAACCCCUACAACACUGUCAACGCCGUCUACAAGGCCCUUCUGAACCAGCCCGACCCGGAGGAAAUCGCUGUCGGGCGCGGGAAGAAGUUGGUCGACGUGAGGAAAGUGUACUACGGCGGCUCUGUAUAUUAA